AUGUUGGCACUGACACGCAAAUGUUCUCUUGAGAUUGUCCAGCAUCUAUUCUCAACGGCUUUGGUAAUGGAUAGAUAUGACCCUGUGGAAUCGCAUCCUAGAAGUUCGAAAUCAUUCAUCUAUCUUGUCAUCAUAUCACAGAUUUUUGGGUUACUUGCUGUCAUUUUAACAGCUGUUUGGUUGGGAAAAUACUGGGGUGGUUUUAGUUGGACUAACGCCAACACAGUCUUCAAUUAUCAUCCUCUGUUCAUGGUCUUGGGUCUAGUGUUUUUAUAUGGCGAUGCAAUUUUAGUAUAUCGUGUAUUUCGAUCAUUCCGAAAACUACCAAUUAAAAUUCUACAUGCUGUCCUACAUAUUCUUGCAUUCUUAUUCGGUGUUCUAGGAACUAAAGCGGUGUUUGAUAUGCACAAUGCCUUAUUAAUACCUAAUUUAUACAGUCUUCACAGUUGGUUAGGUAUAACAGCUAUUAUAGUGUUUGGAUUACAGUGGGUUGCAGGUUUAAUUGGCUUUCUGGUACCCCAGACACCCCAAGUUGCUCGUAGUAAACUUCUUCCCAUACAUGUUACACUAGGCAGUUUUUUAUAUUUACUAGUGAUUGGUGUAUGUAUCUCUGGGAUUACAGAGAAGAACUUUUUUUCGAAAACUUAUCCAGUUUUGAAAGCUGGUGAAUUAAUUGGCAAUUUACUUGGUGUUGUAUUGGUAAUAUUCUGUGGUUUAAUAUUUUAUUUAACUCAAAAUCCAAACUAUCGUCGUACAGAAACAAUAUCUCCAGAACAUCGUGCAUUACAAGAAUAAAUACUAUUCGUAAUGAAUAACAAUAAUAAUCACAUGAAUUGAACCUAUUAAUUCAUGUAAUAGUAUUUAAUAUUUUAAUAGAACUAUGAUCAGUUGAUCGCUUUCACUGCUUCUCUUCACUCUUAAACAUUCAUUUUCAUUUUGUCAUGUAAUAAUGUGUUUGAAAUCAUCAAUAAC